GCGUGUUUAUAGUAUUGCACAUUCCAAACCGUUAGAAAGAGUCGUAUUUCCAACCGCUGCCCAGCCGGAAUAGCAAAAUCCAUCACCGAAGGCGUCACCCUCCCAAAAGCUCCGCCGCAGGCUUUCGUCCGACCUCCGACAGCUCGUCGAGAGCUUAUUGUUUGACCACCCACCCCCCAUUUCGUCCUACUCACCUUACGAGCGUCUCUAUGGCUGGCUGGCUUCUCUAAAUCUUGUCUGAGCCUGUAUCGAUUCCUCCCCCCCUUCCCUAUCCAGCGCCUGGGCUCAGAAUCCUCGACCAUGGCCGCCUACCUCCGACAGCCAGGCAACCUUGCUCGAUAUUCGAGGAGAGCGGCAGCAGGUGUCAUCUAUCGGAGAAGCGCGCUGCCCUCGAGACUCCCUCAAUCCAAAUUAUCAGCCUUCAUCGCGUUGCGCCAGCUCCGAUGCUACAGCAGCGGGCAAUCUGGCGGCGACCCACGGCCUCCAAACAAGGACGGCCCGGAGUCGAAUAAGCCAGGACAAAAUGGAGGGCAGAGGCCAGGCGGCGAACCUGAGUCGAAGCUGAGCAAGGAGGAGCAGGAGAAUGUCGAUUUGUUCAUCCAACACUUCAAAAGUCGGGUGCCGGUCUCGCAACACCGUAUGCUCGAUGACAUGCGGACGAUCAUGCAACGGGAAGGGCUUCCUGAGGAGCUGAAAGACUUUGUGACACAGCACCUUCGAACGGGGAAACCGGCGUCACUCCUGGAUUACGCUAGACUCACCCGUUUCAUGACGAAGCACCUGUCGAGCUACGCGAAGAAGCUGAUCGAAUUGGAUGAAGAGCGGGAGCGAGGAACGGUGAAGUCGGAACAGAAACCGGAUGAACAGCAGCCUCAGAAACCGCAAGAGGAGCAGAGUCAGGAGGAACAGAUGCGGGAAAAGUUACGGCAACAGCAGGAACGGCUCAAGGAUGAAAAGAACAAGGACCAACAGGGUCAGGGCCAGGGUCAAGGCCCUAGGAUAUUCGAGUUCCGCCUCGAUCCGGCGAAUUUCCUGGUCAUGGCCAUGAUCUCCUACUACAUCUACCGCAGCUUCUUCCCCUCCGAGAACAGCAAGGAAUUGACCUGGCAGGACUUUAGGGCAGGGUUCCUCGACAAGGGGCUCGUGGAGAAGUUGACUGUCAUCAAUGGUGCUAGGGUCCGGGUUGACCUGCACCGUGAAGCGGUUGCCCGUGUGCAUCCUGACUCGCCGGCAGCUCAGCCGAACUUCGUUUACUACUUCACCAUUGGAUCCGUGGAAGCAUUCGAACGUAGACUGGAUGAAGCCCAGAACGAACUGGGAAUCCCCAGCAAUGAGCGCAUCGCCGUGGCCUACAUGGAUGAAAUGCCUUGGGCGGCUGCAAUCCUGAACCUUGCCCCGACUAUCAUCCUGAUCGGUUCUAUCUUCUUUUUGUCAAGGCGUGCUGCCGGCGGUGCCGGAGGCCAAAGCGGAAUUUUCGGGAUUGGCAAGAGCCGCGCUCGCCGCUUCAACCACGAAACCGAUAUCAAAAUCAAGUUCUCUGACGUUGCCGGCAUGGACGAGGCCAAGGUUGAGAUCAUGGAGUUCGUGAGCUUCCUGAAACAACCCGAGAGAUUCCAGAAGCUGGGUGCCAAGAUCCCCCGUGGUGCGAUCCUUUCGGGGCCUCCUGGAACCGGUAAAACGCUGCUUGCAAAGGCCACUGCCGGUGAGUCCGGUGUACCUUUCUUCAGCGUCAGCGGUUCCGAGUUCGUCGAGAUGUUCGUCGGUGUUGGUCCCUCUCGAGUUCGUGACCUGUUCGCCAAUGCCCGCAAGAACACUCCCUGCAUCAUCUUCAUCGACGAAAUCGACGCGAUCGGCAAGUCGAGAGCGAAGCAAAGUUUUGGCGGCGGCAACGAUGAGCGUGAGAGCACCCUUAACCAGAUUCUCACGGAGAUGGAUGGCUUCAACACUUCCGACCAAGUGGUCGUCCUGGCUGGUACCAACCGACCCGAUGUUCUUGACAAAGCUUUGAUGCGUCCCGGUCGCUUCGACAGGCAUAUCGCAAUCGACCGCCCCACGAUGGAUGGCCGCCAACAGAUUUUCCGCGUUCACCUUAAGAAGAUCGUCACCAGCGAGGAUAUAGAUUACCUUGUCGGUCGACUGUCAGCAUUGACUCCGGGUUUUGCCGGUGCUGAUAUCGCUAAUUGCGUCAACGAGGCGGCUCUAGUCGCUGCUCGCGAAAACGCCGAUACCGUUGUCAUGAAGCACUUCGAGCAGGCUAUUGAACGUGUCGUUGGUGGCCUUGAGAAGAAAUCCCUGGUGCUCUCGCCUGAAGAGAAGCGUACGGUCGCCUACCAUGAGGCUGGCCACGCCAUCUGUGGCUGGUACUUCCGCUGGGCCGACCCUCUACUGAAGGUGUCGAUUAUUCCUCGUGGCCAGGGCGCUCUCGGCUAUGCCCAGUACCUGCCGGCUGGCGGUGACACGUAUCUGAUGAACGUCAACCAGAUGAUGGACCGCAUGGCCAUGACGCUGGGAGGACGGGUUAGCGAAGAAUUACACUUUGACACCGUUACGAGCGGAGCAAGUGACGACUUCAACAAGGUCACUCGAAUGGCGACGGCCAUGGUGACCAAGUUUGGCAUGUCGAAGCUCGGGUAUAUCUACUACGAGGAAGACCCGCAACAACAGUUGCACAAGCCGUUCUCGGAGGACACCGCUCGCACGAUCGAUUCCGAAGUCCGCCGCAUCGUCGCUGAGGCCAACAAGCAAUGCCGGGACCUGCUGACCGAGAAAAAGAAGGAGAUUGGGAUCGUCGCCGAAGAGCUUCUUGCCAAGGAAGUCCUCAGCCGCGACGACCUGGUCCGCCUGCUCGGCCCUCGCCCCUACCCUGAUGGUAGUGAGUUCGCCAAAUACUUUGACGGCACCGGCGGCAAGGGAGUCCUUGCACCUCCUGAGCCUCCACGGUCAGACGAAGAAACCGAAGGCAAGGACGGAAGAGAUCAGACACCUUUCCCGGCAUAGACGCUUCAAUUUCUGGGGCUAGGCUUGUCUUCUGUUUCUUUUUUCUUCUUCUGGAAGCAUCUCCUUUCAUUCUUCAUCGUUUUAUCUCUGCGGAAUAAACAUCACCCCAAAAACGCUUUUUUCAAAUUUUCCUUUCUCGUCGCCUUGUGAUCUCCUUGAUGUCCCUUGCUUUUAAUACCGUAUGGAUGGUUCCUGUAUAGUAGGUAGAGGUAUCUUCAAUGUUGGUUUGGAGUCCAUUCGAGAGUUGUAUUUUUUGAGUUUGGAAUUCAUCCUGUCGUUUUACUCUCCCCUCUUACGACUAGAAAA